UCCGGCUGCCACUAAAGAACCAGGAAGUAAAGAGAGAAGGGGAGAGAAAAUAAAUACCCAGCAGUUGAGGAAAACAAGAAAGUGAAUGCAGCCGGAGCUUGCGCUUCAGCUGUGAAGUGAAAGUAGAGCAGGCUAGAGCACAAUAGACCAGGGCAGUUGUGAUAAGGAAGUGCUAGCUAGCUAACAUCAACAUUGGCUGUGUUCUCCCCAGCAGAGAGAGAGAAACGAAGAGCGACAGAAAGAGAACGAGACUGCAGAGCCUGCCUCACAGAAAUACCAGCAGUGAGUACACAUUGGAACUGAGCUGCACACUGGGUGUCCUGCUCUUACCCCCCCCCCCUAUUCACCCUACUCAUAACCGCCACAAUGACAGACCAAGGGGAACCCUGGAGAGGAAGUGGAGGACCUGAGGAGGAGGAGUUACCACAGAUGGACGGGUCAUGUGACGCAUGCGAGCCUGACGAGGCCCAGCAGGCUACCCAGGUGUGUUACACCUGCAGCUUUGCCUUCUGCUCUACCCACGCUGAGAAACACGCCCACAGCACACGACACCCGCUGACGCCAUACAGCCAGGAAGUGGUGCAGCCCCAGGCCCGGUCCCAACAGCCGGCCAGGGACAGAGACACAGGGGAGGGGGCGGGGGAGGAAAGGGUACGAGAGAUUGGGCAUAGGGCAGAGCAAGGGGUGGUGGAAAAUGGGGCAUGCGGUGGGACUGGGGUACAAGAGAACAAGACGUGUGGAGGAGAGAGAGUCCAGGGGGAGGGGAAAGUUGAUGAUGGUGAUGAAGAGGCGAAGGCAGCCCCAGAGGGGGGUAGUAAGAGGGACACAGUGACAGUGGAGAGGCUGCGCUGUAAGGAGCAUGGCCAGGAGGGUACUCUUUACUGCAAGACCAACGAGAAGGUCAUUUGUGUGGUGUGUGCCGUGCAGGGGGAGCACCGCGAGCAUGAGAUCAUCACCUUGCGCGAGGCCUACGUCUGGCAGAAGAGCAGGGACGGUUAUGACCUGCUGGGCUGCACACAGAACAUGGCUGACCACAUCAAGACCAAGUGGACCAAUCCUGAGAUGUCUACAGAGCAGUUGGAGGCGUAUGUCAACAGUCAGUUUGAUGAGCUCCACCGGCUGGUUCGUCUGGAGGAGAAGAGGACCCUCCACCUGGUGGACCUGAAGGAAGCCUUCCUGACCGCCGCCGCCGCCGCCGAGAAGAUCGCUGAGAUCACCGUCCACACCGAGCGGCUCCAGGAGGAGAUGGCCUGCAUCACGCAGCAGCUGGGCCAGCUAGACCAGGCCGAGGCACAGCCUGGGACCGGAGUAGCUGCCCUAGCCCAGGGAGGACCCAGCCCCAGCCCCAGACCAGCGCAGCGUGACAUUGAGGCCAGCCCAAGACUCCCAGAGCCGAGACAAGACCCUCAGGACCCCAGGGACUAUGGAGAGGGUGGGUCCAGAUCCUCAAUGGGACACACCCCCUGACACCAGCUGCCCAAUCACAGAUCACUUCCCUCUCCUCCUACCUCUGUCCAGGAGACCAACAACACCAGAGAGAUUCUCCUCUCCUCUCCAUGUCUGACGACAAUGGAGUGAGCUUGAAGAAGACUGCUGGUGGUGUAACAAAAUGGAUGCCUCUGUCUUUCUACUUUCAGAACUUUUAAAACUCUACUAAGUCUCUUUUUUAAUUGAGGUUCAUGAGUGCAAUCUAUUACCGUCAGGUUAAAUUUUCACACCCAAUCAUAUCCUUGUCUGGUGAGCUGGGCUCAGUUAGGUGUGUGGGUAGAAAAGCUGAGAGCCUGCUAAAACCCAGCAGAUGUCAGGAAUGGAACAUGAAAUCCUGAAUGUGACACGCUGUGCUUUACAUUAAUUUCUUCUGUAUAUUUGGUUUUGACAAGCAGCCUUGACCAAAAAAAAGAAAAGCAAGAUAAGUUGACAGGUGACAGAACACCUUAGAUCAGAGGAGGAAUAUAGAAUGCACAGGACAAGGUGGGUGUUCCUGUUUUAUACUCUAAGGGGAAAUGUAUGUGUCUUGAAAAUCUGCCUUGACGUAUAAACACAACCUAGCACUUACAACUGCUCUCCUCCCCUCUUCUCUUCUUAUUUUUCCUCACCUUCAAAUUCUCCCCCCUCCUUCCUCUUGUGUGUGUGUUUGUCAGAUCCAUCAUCAGAUGAUGCGUUGACACAUAUUGAUUUGUGAGAGCUGCAGAGUACAUGUUACGGGAAAUUGAAGUGUAUUUUGUCUGUAUGUAAUAGCUCUCUGUGCAGUGUCAGCGUUCUCUGUAAUACUACGCCUAAUUACCAGAGGCAAUCUGCAGUGUACAACAGACAGUACAGUCCUCACUCCUAACGACUGACUGCACACAGUACUUUGUCUUAUGCAUCAUGUCUUUUAAUUAUCACAUACAGAAGGUAUGUUUUUGUUUUUGAUGUGAUCUAUUUUAUUGUCUUAAAGUAAAAAGGAGAACGUGACCUUUAACCUAAUCAAUAUGAUUUGAGUUGUGACCAGGACCAAGCCCUACCCAAUGGAUCAUGUUAUUUUGUAGCAGUCAUGAAAUGAUUAAUAGAAAGAUAUAUACACUACAUGACCAAAAGUAUGUGGACAACUGCUCGUCAAACAUCUCAUUCCAAAAUCAUGGGUAUCAA